AUGGGUGUUGAAGCCGCGGCUGCUUACGCUGUUAUGCUCAAAGAUAACAUGAUUCCAGAUGCAGUGGGCCAGCGAGCCGCGCGGAUGCUGCUGGUCCUGAAUUAUGAAGAAAUGUGCCAAUUCCCAGAGUGCUACUGUCCACGACCCCGACGAGCAGCAGAGCAAAAGAAGGCAUAUGUGAUGAAUUGCAUUCUUCAUGCAUGUGUUCUAGAGGAUCCCUCCAAGAGCGACCGUGACUUGAUACACAAUUACCUCAGACAAGGUAGAUGGUUGUGGGUCAUUGCUAGUAUAGUCGGUCUGGGCUUCGCGCUAAUAUGUAGCGAGGAAUUGAUGUCUACCAUCAGAAACGUGAAUAUAACUAACAACGGUGUCAAUGCCCUUGCCACACACGCCUUCUACGCACGACCGGGAAUGGUAGCCUUGCUUCAUUCUCUGGAAACAGCGGUGGCAGAUCUGAUGUCCGGGAAAAUACCCAGAAGCCUAUGUGAGAACAUCACAAAUGAGUCUGGCAUAUUAGGUCAAUUCAAUUUGUCCCGAAUGAACGAAAUCGAUCGAGUUCAUCUGGCCUUGCAACAUGACACAGGGAACUGGGAGCCGAUUGAUUUGGAAGCCGCCAUCCACGAUGUGAAGAAGAGGCUAUUGGCAAGCAUCCUCGGGACACAUCUUGCGGUAAAACAUGACCCCCCGAGCGAUGAUCCGUCGUCUUUGAAGCAAACUACAUCCAGAGGUGAAGCAGCCAAUGUUCAGUGGCUGUCAGCUCUUGGUGAUCGGACAAUAUUGGACCCUGGCAUCGAUGAUAACCUCAACUAUACCACUAUGCCGGUAAACCACUUCCAGAACGACGAUAUAGCCCCGUUCACUGGCCCUUGA